AUGCACGAACCGAUCACAUGCACUAACGGUAGCCGCGAACACCCACUAAAACGACAAAAAUCCACCGAGAUCCGCACCCACACCAUCCGCUCCCCGCCCUUCGCCUACGCGCAUCUAGAGCUGUCUUCUUCUUCUCCCUCCGCCGCGGAACCAGCCAUGGACGCCCUCCAGGCCCGCUCCUACUGCGCUUCCGCCCUCACCCGCUUCCUGGGCGACACCGGCAGCGCCGUCUCCGUUGACGUCCUGCGCGUCCGCGCCAAUCGGUGCUGGGUCCGUGUGCCCGCUCCGGAUCUCGCCGCCUUUUCCGCCGCCAUCACCGCUUGGCCAGGCACCACGGAUGGCGGUGAACGCGUCGCCCUCAAGAUCCUCCAAUGCUCCGACUGGCUGGGUUGCAUGGUUGGGCGUGAUGGCCAAGGGGAUGUGGGGGCUUGA